AAGACCACUUUGAGUCGUUAAAGAGUAGGCUUACUAAGUCUCCUGUUUUGGCAUACGCUGAUUUUGCCAAACCGUUUGUUCUCGAGGUGGAUGCGAGCCAUGGAGGUCUCGGGGCAGUCCUCUCGCAAGAACAGGAUGGUAAGGUGCGACCUGUUGCGGACGCCAGCCGUAGUCUUAGACCUAACGAGCGGAACCUGUCCAAUUACAGCUCCAUAAAGCUGGAGUUUUUAGCACUCAAGUGGGCUAUGACCGAACGCUUUAGAGAAUAUCUGUUAGGGAAUAGGUGUAUAGUGUACACUGACAAUAAUCCCCUCAGCCACUUGGCCACUGCUAAGCUGGGUGCUACGGAACAGCGGUGGGCUGCUCAACUAGCUGCCUUUGACUUCGACCUUAAGUAUAGAUCAGGUAAGAGUAAUGUAAAUGCAGAUGCCUUGUCUAGGCUGCAUCCUCCAGUGACAGUAGGGGGCUUAGGCUCUGGCACCACGAUACCAUCUGUGUUGAGGAGAGCAAUGGGGGUGGAUCUUAUAGCUGCAGCUACCCAGUAUACCAUGUCUAUGUUGGUUGGUGUCCUUACAGGCUGCUAACCCUGUGAUUAGCGGUCCUUUUAUGGCAGUGGAAGCAUUUGGUAGAGCGAGAUGGGGUCUUGUAUAUAUGGGUGAUGCGUCCCGAUGGUAAGGAGGAGGCACUGCAGUUGGUUUUGCCCACCACUUUAAAGAAAGAUGUUCUGACUCAACUCCAUCAAAACCAUGGCUAUCAAGGUGUGGAACGCACCCUUGAACUUGUCCGGUAACGAUGUUAUUGGCCUGGUGAAGCAGCUGAGGUGGCAAAUUGGUGCCAUCGGUGUGAACGUUGCCAAGUGGCGAAAGAUACGCGGCCACCAGCCCGGGGACCUAUGGGCCAUUUGUUGGCUUCCUGCCCUAACGAGAUCAUCGCUAUUGAUUUUACAAUUUUAGAACCAUCUAGUUCAGGAGUGGAGAACGUACUGGUAAUAACUGACAUCUUUAGUAAGUACACAGUUGCUGUCCCAACUCGAGAUCAGCGUGCAGAGACAGUGGCUCGACUGCUAGUGACUGAGUGGUUUUGUAAAUUUGGUGUCCCAGUGCGUCUUCAUUCGGACCAGGGUCGUAAUUUUGAGUCUGGUUUAAUUCACCAGUUAUGUGCCCGUUAUUGUUAUAGUUAAAUCACAAACCACUCUAUACCAUCCAGCUGGGUAUGGGCAAUGUGAGCGGUUUAACAGUACGCUACACAAUCUUUUGCGAACCCUUCCAAGCUCGAGGAAGUGAGACUGGGUAGCAUGCCUUCCUCAAGUGGUGUUUUGUUAUAACACCACCUUCCACCAGACUACAGGAGAGUCCCCACAUUUUUUAAUGUUUGGCCAGGAGGCACGAUUACCUGUGGAUUUCUUACUGGGUAGCAUUCCAGAGCCUAUAGAAGGCGAGAUACAUGAGUGGGUGUUAGAGCACCAGACUCGACUACAGGUGGCUUUCAAGGGAGCUUGAGAAUGGUUGCAAGUUGCAGCAAAGAAGCGUAAAGAGCAGCAUGAUCUAUUAGUUCGGGAUGCCCCGCUCACUGUAGGGCAGUUGGUGUAUCUCCGCAAUUAUGGGGUCCGGGGGCGUGUCCUUACUGGACCAUUAUUUCCCUGGGUGAAAUUCCCAGGGUGGCGUAGUCGGUGUUGUAAUUAAUUGAGUCUUGAACAACGAAACCCACCACUUGGGUGCCACACUAUGCUAAAAUAUUUCAGCGAGAACAAUGAUCAGUGAUGAUGUGCACUUCGAUUUUAUGGCAUACACUUCUGGAUUCAGUCGUCAAAUGGUCUAUUGUCCGGUUUGAAUAGGUUCAGUAAUAAUAGCUAACUGUACAACUCCAGCUGUAUACUGUACAUUUUCCAUUACAACUUCUGCUCCAUGAUCCCUUGCUCCCUCUUGGCCAAUUUCUUCCCUUUCCUUUCCAGGUUCACUGUCAAGUCCAGUCAAGUCACCUUUAUUUAUAUAGCCCUUUAAACAAAAUACAUUGCGUCAAAGCAACUGAACAACAUUCAUUAUGAAAACAGUGUGUCAAUAUGCAAAAUGACAGUUAAAAUCAGUUCAUCAUUGAAUUUAGUGAUGUCAUCUCUGUUCAGUUUAAAUAGUGUCUGUGCAUUUACUUGUAAUCAAGUCAACGAUAUCGCUGUAGAUGAAGUGUCCCCAACUAAGCAAGCCAAAGGCGACAGCUGCAAGAAACCGAAACUCCAUCGGUGACAGAAUGGAGAAAAAAACCUUGGGAGAAACCAGGCUCAGUUUGGGGGGCAGUUCUCUUCUGACCAGACGAAACCAGUAGUUCAAUUCCAGGCUGCAGCAAAGCCAGAUUGUGCAGAAGAAUAAUCUGUUUCUUGUGGUCUUGUCCUGGUGGUCCUCUGAGACACGGUCUUUACAGGGGAUCUGUAUCUGGGGCUCUAGUUGUUCUGGUCUCCGCUGUCUUUCAGGGAUGUAGAGGUCCUUUCUAGGUGCUGAUCCACCAUCUGGUCUGGAUACGUACUGGAUCCGGGUGACUGCAGUGACCCUCUGAUCUGGAUACAGACUGGACUUGGUGGCUACAGUGACCUCUGAAUAAGAGAGAAACAGACUAAUAUCAGCGUAAAUGCCAUUCUUCUAAUGAUAUAGCAGGUACAUUGGGUGUUAUGGGAAGUGUUUAAUUAAUGCAGCCUAAAAAUCCUUUAACGGAUUUGGAUAUUAAAAGCAUAUUAGUAUGUUAAAGAGAUGGGUCUUUACUCUAGAUUUAAACUGCAAGAGUGUGUCUGCCUCCCGAACAAUGUUAGGAAGGUUAUUCCAGAGUUUUCAGUGCAGUGUUGACAGGACCGGGCUAAUAUGGUCAUACUUCCUGGUUCUAGUAAGAACUCUUGCUGCUGCAUUUUGGACUAGCUGUAGUUUGUUUACUAAGCGUGCAGAACAACCACCCAAUAAAGCAUUACAAUAAUCUAACCUUGAGGUCAUAAAUGCAUGGAUUAACAUUCCUGCAUUUGACAUUGAGAGCAUAGGCCGUGAUUUAGAUAGAUUUUUGAGAUGGAAAAAUGCAGUUUUACAAAUGCUAGAAAUGUGGCUUUCUAAGGAAAGACUGCAAUCAAAGAGCACACCUAGGUUCCUAACUAAUGACGAAGAAUUGACAGGGCAGCCAUCAAGUCAAAGACAGCGUUCUAGGUUAUUACAUGCAGAGUUUUUAGGUACUAUAAUUAACACCUCACAAAUUACUUGUCAUCCAGUUUUUUAUAUCGACUAUGCAUUCCAUUAGUUUUUCAAAUUGGUGUGUUUCACCUGGCCGUGAAGAAAUAUAGAGCUGAGUAUCAUCAGCAUAACAGUGAAAGCUAACACAUUUCCUGAUGAUAUCUCCCAAGGGUAACAUAUAAAGCAUGAAGAGUUGCGGCCCUAGUACUCAGCCUUGGGGUACUCCAUACUGCACUUGUGAUCAAUAUGAUACAUCUUCAUUCACUGCUACGAACUGAUGGCGGUCAUAUAAGUUCGAUUUAAACCAUGCUAAUGCACUUCCACUGAUGCCAACAAAGUGUUCAAGUCUAUGCAAAAGAAUGUUGUGGUCAGUUGUGUCAAAUGCAGCACUAAGAUCCAAUAAAACUAAUAGAGAAAUACACCCACGAUCAGAUGAUAAGAGCAGAUCAUUUGUCUAUAAUUAACUAGUUCUUUGAGGUCAAGUUGUGGUUUUUUGAUGAGAAGCUUAUGUGGAGGGGUGAAGUAGGACACGACACGAUAAGGAGGGUAAAUUCCCCGAAGGGUGGAUUUAUUAAAAUAAUCCGUGUGAGAACUGGCGGUGCUGUGAGUUGGUUUGGGUGUUCGGUGCUCGGCGUCCUGUCUUGGUAGUGCUCUAGUGCAGUGUGGGUCUGUGCUUUCCUGUGGCGUUGGGGCUGGCGGUCACACGCUGCUGUCUAGGGCAUAAGGAAAGGACAAUGUUAGCCUCUGUGGUUUAUAAGGGCAACUGCUGAUGACUAGCAUUAGUCUCCUUUGCCCGGGCCAUCAACUGCAGGGGAGCGUGGUCCAUGAGGAGGGUGAAGUGACAGCCGAGGAGGUAAUUACGGAGCUCCAGGACUGCCCACUUGAUGGCCAAUGCUUCCCUCUCUACGGUGGCAUACUGCUGUUCUGCGGGGGUCAGCUUUCGACUGAUGAACAUCACCGGGUGUUCCUCACCGUCAUGGCCCUGCGACAAGACGGCUCCCAACCCGGUGUCGGAUGCGUUGGUUUGCAGCAGAAAGGGGCAAUUGAAGUCGGGGUCACGGAGGACCGGUUCCGUCAUCAGGGCGGCCUUCCAAGGCAAAAAUAAUCAAAUAAUCGAUCAUCCAUACUAGUGCGUUUGCUGAUUCAGAUGCAGUGAAAUCAUUGAUGGAGGGAGAUUCAGUCACUCUUCAGACUAACACCAAACUAAACACAGAGUAUUGGAUAACAUGGACAUUUGGACAUCCAGAGACUCGUAUAGCUCACAUUAAUAAAAAGUAUGGCAUGUUCUCCUUGUAUGAUGUUCUUGAUGGGAAAUUCAUUGACAGACUGAAACUGGAUCAUCAGACUGGAUCUCUGACCAUCACAAACACCAGAACCACAGACUCUGGACUUUAUCAAGUAACCAUCAAUAGCACGAAACAGACCACAUACAGAUUCAAUGUUACUGUCUCUGGUGCAUUUGCUGAUUCAGAUGCAGUGAAGUCAGUGUAUGUGAUGGAGGGAGAUACAGUCACUCUACAGAUUAACACUGAACUACAGACAAAUGAUGAGAUAAUAUGGACAUUUGGACAUCCAGAGACUCGUAUAGCUCACAUUUAUAAAAAGUAUGGAAUGUUUUCCUUGUAUGAUGUUCUUGGUGGGAAAUUCAUUGACAGACUGAAGCUGGAUCAUCAGACUGGAUCUCUGACCAUCACAAACACCAGAAACACAGACUCUGGUCGUUAUCAAGUCACCAAUGAUAGCAUGAAACAGACCACAUACAGAUUCAAUGUUACCGUCUCUGAGGCAUGACACACUUGGUACUGCUUGAAGACAUCGCAGCGCGUGCUCUAAGGAGAGAGCGCGUCUUUAGAGAGCGCACAGAUAUGUUCGCUGAGAGUGACGAAUGGCUGUUCAGUCGCUUUAGGUUGCCCAGAGAAGUCCUCAUUGAUUUAUGCAACUCACUGGAACCACACCUAAGCCACAUCACCAACCACUCUCACCCUAUACCACCUUAUCUCCAAGCCUGUGUUAGAACCCAUGCUUCUAUUUUACCUGUGCACGUUAUGCCAGUGGAUACACUUUUAAAUAACAAAUUUUUCCUGGCUUCCACCUCCGACAGCAAAACCUCACGUUCAUUAUCGUUAAAGGUAUUUUUCUUUGUCUUUUGUUUCGGUGCCAUAAUUGUCUUUCUCUGUACAAGUGCCUUUUUGUGGAAAUCCCUUAUAUGGAGCUGGUUUGGGCAUGAAUUAUGCUAAUUACUAACCUCGUGCACGCGGGCGCUCAUUUAGAAGACUCCAAAAUCACUAACAGAAGAACGAAGGCGUUUCUCAAUGUCAAGGAUACUUCCUUGGCAGGACUGAUCCUUCCAAGUCACUUCCUCCAGAGGCUAGGCGAGACUCCUCUUCGCAUUCGGAGAACAAGUAAAUGGAACAGCCUAGCAAGUGCACGUAAUUCCGUCAUUACAUCAGUGAAAAGGUCCGUUUGAAUAACGCUGUGAAUUAAUGGUAUCAUUAAAUUACUUUGGACAACCUAACUAGUUAUUUAUUAAAGAAAACCCAAUGACGCAACCAAUUGUUAAAUGACAGGUCCGGUUCAGUUAACCAUUUGUAUUUGUAUAAUUUACAAUAUCAAUACAGUAGUAAUUUGUACCGGCAUUUAAACGUCAAACUUUACUUAUAUUUACUACAGUUUUAACAAAUGUUUGGUAACGUAAAUAAAAACCAUUAACGCUCCCAAAUUUUUGCAUUUUCAAACUACUCUUUGCUAAUGUUAGAUAGCAAGCUGUGGCAUAGGAUUGUGGGUGAUUUGAGAGCGUGAAGAACGCGAAGGAUACACGUAUGCAUCCUUUCCUGUGUAUGGGAUAUUCUUUGAACGAAGGACUCAGUCCUUGGUUGAAAUUCCGAGGAUCCUCGACAUUGGAACAGUCCUUCGACGGAUGUCGAUGACGUAGCAUCCUCAAAAUACUGGCUUCCGAGGAUCCUUCCUUGACAUUUAGGAACACCUCGAGUUUAAGAACAAGCUCAUGUGCAUACGCACGUGUUGUGAAUUAGGUGGAAAGUUCUCGUGAGAAGUUCAAAUGUGCGUAUAAAUGAGAAAAUUGUACGCAAUUAUUAGUGAAUGAGACCCAAUGUUUCCUGAUUAAUACAACUUUUCUUACCUGAAUAGUAAAAAAACAAAGAAGCUUUCAUGUUUGUUAUGUUUUUCUGGCUGAUGGUGCCUUCCCUGCAUCGACUGUAUUUAUUUCUACCAAACAUUUUAUGGCACACCUCUACAUGAUGACAGGUCUUUUAUUGACCCUUUCCAUAACAUGUGAAUCUGGUUUACAGAUAAACUGUGCGCUCUUCUUUCAGACUUUCUGUCAUUAAUGUUGUAGUUAAUUCCACAAAUAUUUGGCUUUGUAUAUUUAGUUAAAACGGUUGCAUCAAUUAAAAAAUGUUAUAAUUUAACUGAGCUGUGCACAUUUUAACACUUACAUUAGGCCUAUUAUCAAAUUUGGAGAAGUUUAGGCUACA